UGGCUGUGGAAACUCGGAACGUUCGGGGUUCAGUUGUGGCGUGCGUCCGUGCGUGCCUGAAGCACUGGAGUUUGGGCCCGGGUUUUCGGGCCGAUCCAGACCCCUAGACCACGAGAACACCACAAGGCACACCACAAGAAGAAGAAGAAGAAGAAGAAGAAGAAAAAAAACACCGCACCGCAAAAUGGUACCCAGGCACGUACUGCUGCUCGCUGCGUUUAUCGCCACCUGCAGUGGGCCAACGCGGGUGACGAUGAGUCAGGGACCAGACGGUGACUCGUCGUCGUCGUCGUCGUCGUCGUCGUCGUCGUCGUCGUCGUCGCCGUCGUCGUCGCCACAGUUCGAGGACGCCAGUGACAUCUGCUCACGGUGCGCCUGCUCGGCAGCGAACGCAUCGACGGCCGUCCUCGGGUACGAUCUGUUGGACUGUUCGCGGCGCAACCUGCGGCACAUGCUGGCCGGCUGGCCAGCGGGCGGCUCGUUCGAUCCGGACGACCCGGACCGGGAGGUGGUGUUUACGUUGUCGGGGAACGGGCUCGGUCGGUUGCAGCAGCUACCGGCGACCCGGAAUGCGCUCGUCUUUAGCUGCCGGCACUGCCAGCUCGAACAGCUCGCUGGGGGCCUGUUCCUGGACGUGCCGAAUGUGUACCGGGUGGAUUUGAGCUGGAACCGGUUGACCGGCGAGGUGCUGGCGGGGGGUGAAGUGUUUCGCGGCCACUUCGAUGGCCAAUCGGUCGUCCCGUUGCCGCUCGAUGCGCUCGAUUUGAGCAAUAACAAUGUGUCGUGGCUAGCGGUGGAUACGUUCCGGUAUGUGACGGGGUUGCGGGAACUGGCGCUCGCUCACAAUCCGCUCGCCGGUGAGCUGACGGGUGCGACGGCUCGGGCGCUCGCUACGCUCGUACAUCUCGAGACGCUCGAUCUGUCGUUUCUCGGGCUGACUGCCCUCGGCGAGGAUGUGUUCGCCGGUAUGCUCAGUCUGCACGAGCUGGCCCUGCAGGGGAACCGGCUGACGGUGGUACCGGAUGCGGUGUACCGGGCCCCGGCCCUGGUCACUCUCAAUCUCGCCGAGAACCCGUUCGUGGAGCUGCACAUCGAGCAAGCGCUACCCAAUCUGCGGCACCUAAACGUAAGCAGCAUGCCGUGGCUCGGCCAGAUCGCGGUCGAAUCGUUCGCCAACGUGAACGCACUGCGGAUGCUGCUGUGCCGCAGUAACCGUGCGCUCGGUGUGUUCGAUAUGGCCAUCUUCAAUCAGUUGCCCGAGCUGCGUGAGCUCGAUCUGUCACACUCGGACCUGAAGCAUCUACUGCUCCCACCCGGCACCAGCAACUUCUCGAGCGUGCACCGUGCACCGGACCGUGUUGCUGCGCCCCAGCUCGAAACGUUGCGACUGUCCGGUAACAGUUGGCACUGUGACUGUGAGCUGCGGGCCGCCCUCAUUCUGUUCGGCUACGAACAGCUCCACGGCUCGGAUGAGGACAACGACAACGACGAGGAGGAAGAGGAGGCCCGGUGCGAAACACCCUACCUGCUUACCUCCCUCCACCUUGCCGAUCUCCCGUUCAUCAAUGUGUGCGAACUGCCGGCGACCGAGGAUCACCGGGGACCGGGCUACGAGCGGCCGGCCUUCCUGCGGCCGCGCGCCAUCUUUCUUUCGCUGCUGUCGGUCGGUGUUGUGGUGGGGCUUGGGUUUGUGAUCGGGCUGGCGGUGGUGUGCCUGAAGCGGAAGCUGCACCACACACCCGGCCUGACCGGGUUCACGUCGUCCCCGGUCCGUUACACGUCCGUGCGGGACAGCACCAUCUCGACGGCUUACCAGCAACAGGCGUAAAGCCCCGGGGGAGGAGAGCGAAAUGACAAUAUGUGGGUGGGUUUGAGUCGGGUAGCAAAAUGGUGACUUAAAUAGUUACGAGAUAGUGCUGCUGUGUCACGCGGAAAGUAAAGUGAAUUUGGAUUUGUUUUGAAAGAUUUCGGCCUUUGUUUUUCUGCUUCUUCUCCUCCAAAUCAAUUUUGUCCAAUCCCUUUAAAGUAAACCACUCUUCGAUGGAAUGCAGCUUUGGAAACACGGGAGAAAGUCGACUUUCGGAAUGGCUUUCAGGUCCUUUCGUACUUCGCUUCUUCAUCCGUUUCAAAACGAUGUUCCCGGAGGGGUUUCUUGAGCUUUUUUUUUUUUAGUAGCCAGAAGUCACAUGGUGCUAAAUAAAACGAAUACGGUGGGGGUUUGGAACGGUAUGAGUGGAGUUUUUGGCGAAAAAGUCACUCAGAACCAACGCUAGUCGCUGGAAACAACGAGGCAUCAGUCGAUUUCUGACGCGUUUGAGGCGAAAAAACGUUUCAUAAUGUAAUUAGCGAAUUAUCUGUAGAUGCUAAUAUCAUUAGCAAGGUCUCUAGUUGUUAAUCGACGACUAAACUUUGGAUUUGUUGAUCGUGA